CGCUUCUCAAUACCCUGGUUCAAGGUACAAAACUCUGAACGCCCUCACAGGAGUCCUCAGGCCCCAUGGCGCGUCUUCGACACGUUGACAGCUGUGGGUUUUUUCCCACCAUGUCCUCUGCCGAACGAUUUCUUCUUGCUGGCAAGUCUUCGAAACGGGCUAAAGCCACUCUCACGAAAGAGCUUCACCGAAGAGAAUGCUGUCAAGGAAAUCGUAGUUCCCGCAGGAGGAAAGGCCGCAAUUACAGAUGUUGCAGAAGCUUACCCGUGAGGUGCUAUAUAACAUGUUGCUGAUAGGUGCAAUACUAUUCACUUGCCGUUAGACCCUUCGACUUUAAUCGCAAGCAAUGGAGUCCAUCGUAUUUGCCCUCCUGUUCAUCUUCGCCGUAGCUUUACCUGUGUAUUCCUAUUCCAAGAGGCAGCGCUUCCGCUUACCUCCCGGUCCCAAGGGACUCCCAAUCAUUGGCAACGCCUUUGAUAUCCCCGUAGGACACGAAUGGGUGACUUAUGCGAAGUGGAGUUGCGAGUAUGGAUCAGAUAUCAUUUACCUGAACAUCGCUGGGCAACCGAUCUACGUGCUCAACUCUGUACAAGCCAUAAAUGAUUUGCUGGAGAAACGGUCUUCAAAUUAUUCGGAUCGCAUGGUUAUGGCAAUGUGCCACGAGAUUGUCGGCUGGGGCAAGAAUUUCGCUUUCAUGCCAUACGGUGAUUUCUGGAGAGAACAUCGCCGCAUGUUCCACCAGCAUUUUCAUUCUGAUGUCGUCUCCAAGCAUCACAUCCAUAUUUUGAAGCAGGCGAAGGAUCUAUUGGGUCGCAUUCUUGCUGACCCCGACAAUCUGACGCAGCACCUUCGCUUCAUGGCUGGCGCCUCCAUUCUCCGCGUUUCGUACGGAAUUGACAUACAGCCGGAGAAUGACCAUUAUGUUGGGAUAGCAGAGGCAGCCGUCCACUCCCUAGCCUUGACAGGAAAUGUUGGAUCGUACCUUGUUGACAACUUUCCUAUUCUGAAGUAUCUGCCGAGUUGGGCACCUGGUGCUCAAUUUAAACGCGACGGCAUGAAAUGGAGGGAACAAGUCAACCGGAUGUUCGACGAGCCGUUCGAGCUUGUGAAGCGGCUUAUGGCAGAGGGAAAGCCAAGCGACAGCGUCACCGCCUCGCUGUUGGCAGGACUGGACGAGCGUAAAGACAAACCGCGCCAGGAGCUGGAAACUGCAGUCAAAUAUGCAACCGGGACAUCAUAUGUUGGUGGGGCAGACACGACAGUGUCCGCUGUAGCCACCUUUGUUCUGGCGAUGCUGAAAUUUCCGAACGUUCAAAGCACCGCGCAAGCAGAACUUGAUCGUGUGAUAGACAGUGGACGUCUCCCGACUUUUGAAGAAAGGGACUCGCUCCCGUACGUUACGGCGGUCAUGAAGGAGACGUUGAGAUGGCAUCAAGUUACUCCUUUAGCUGUUCCUCGCACAGUGACCGCAGAUGAUGAGUACAAGGGCUAUUACAUUCCUGCCGGAUCGCUUGUGAUAGGAAAUGCAUGGGCCGUACUUCAUGAUGAGACUAGGUACCCGAAUCCGGGGUCAUUCGACCCGACCCGGUUCCUCACGUCGGACGGUCAGCUGAACAAGUCUGCGCCGGACCCUGUUGAGGCCUGCUUCGGUUACGGAAGGAGGCUUUGCCCUGGAAGGCACUUUGCGAUGGAUACGAUUUGGCUGAAUAUCGCAUUCAUCUUGACGACGUUGGACAUUGCCAAGCCCUCGGACGAGAUGGGACAGCCAAUCGAGCCUAGUGGGGAGUUCACUUCCGGGACGCUUUCACAUCCCGUUCCGUUCAAGGCCAGCUACAAGCCUCGUUCCAAAGCUGCUGAAGUCUUGAUCCGGGAGCCCAUGUUCUACGACUGAACGCCACUGCUCAUCAUGACGCGCGGAUAGCUCAAGUCUGUCCAAUACUUAUCGCACCUCAUGCAAUCAAUAGUAACCAUCGACCGUGGUUCUGUUUUAUCUAUCUAUUUCUCUGGUCGUACGUUUAGGCUUUUGCUUGAAAGCGACCGAAAACCUGCAGCCAUCGCCGCGCCACGGGGGCUAGUUAAGCGCCAACAACGCGUCGAGCGCCAAGUUGCUGUUCAACGCUCCUGGACAGCCCUCUAGCAGAAGUACC